AUGUCAACUUAUGCAACUGCAGAAGAUGAAUUUGUAAAAAUUGAUGGCACAAAGUUUGCUUACAGACGACUGGGCUUGGUAGAAGGUGUCCCUCUCGUUUUGAUCAUGCACUAUAGAGGCACCAUGGAUCAUUGGGAUCCAGCUCUCAUUGAUCCAUUGGCAGCAAAGCGGCCAGUGAUUCUUAUCGAUCCCCCGAACUCUGGAAGAUCUGGAGGACAUUUCCCGUCAACUAUGGCUCAGCUUGCACAGUACUUUAUUAACGUCAUAAACACAUUGGGCCUGAAGCAAGUGGAUGUUAUGGGAUUCUCGGGAGGCGGAUUUAAUGCCCAGAUGAUUGCUCUUAAUGCGCCCAAGCUUGUUCGCCAUCUUAUUCUUUCGGCUACAACACCAAGCAUUGGCGAAGGCGUUCAACUUGGCCCACCUGCAGUACUGCAAAAGCUCCAAACAGCCGUUACUGCUGAUGAGCAUAAAGACGCAUUUAUCUCAACCUUUAUCACCAGUUCCGCUCAAGGCCAAGCCGCUGGCCACGCAGCAUGGGGAAGAAUCACUACCGGGCGCCAAAAUCGCAGGGACUGGGCAAGCCUUGAGUCUGCUGAAGAGCAAAAUGCCGCCUACUUUAAUUUUAUCGACCCCAACAAUGCAAAGGACGGAUCGUAUGAUCGGCUCCAUGAGCUCCAGAUGCCGGUUCUCAUCGCCACUGGCUCUGGCGAUGCUAUAAUACCGACUAAAAACAGCAUCCUGUUGUGGGAGAAAAUGAGCCAUCCUGAUGCUGCGCUGCAUAUAUUCCCAGACGCAGGACAUGGAUUCCUCUAUCAGUAUGCUGAUGCAUAUGCAGCAUUGAUCAACGAUUUCCUUGAUCGCCAGUAG